AUGAAGUUCACCGAGGGAAUGUGGUCCCUUCAGGAAGGCGUUCGCAUUGAGUGGAUGAGCAACAUCGAGCGACUGCGCACUGAGAACGAGACGGUUCAUCUACUUCUGAACAAACUCCAGAGAAGCCGUGGAGACACCUUGAACUCACCCACCAUCUCGGCGCAAGUCACCUCGCCACAGGAAGGAAUAAUCGGCGUCAAGCUCGUCCACUGGGCUGGACAAGUCGACAAUGGUCCGCACUAUCAUCUCAACACAACCACUGGCCACACCAACAUCACACACGACAAGGAUACUAACAAACUCAACUACACUAGUGGUCCUCUAGCCCUGGACGUCAACACCGCAGCCAACGAGCUCGACUUUAUCUUCCGCUCCCCAAGCGGCAAGAAACUCACCGGCCACUCAUGGCGCUCAAUCGGAUACGUCGCAGACCAACGCACCGAGAAGCACCGCUACGAAGACGGGAUCUACGCAGAGAAGCAGGGCUACAUACUCGCGGAGCUCGAUCUCGGUGUAGGCGAGAAAGUCUACGGCCUGGGUGAACGGUUCGGUCCGUUUGUUAAGAAUGGGCAGACCGUGGAUAUGUGGAACGAGGAUGGUGGUACCAGUUCUGAGCUGGCGUAUAAGAAUAUCCCAUUCUACAUGUCCUCGAAGGGAUAUGGUGUGUUUGUCAAUCACCCUGGCAAGAUUAGUCUCGAGGUUCAAUCUGAGCGGACUACAAGAGUUAAUAUCUCCGUGCCGGGAGAGGAAAUUGAGUACUUCAUCGUCUACGGUGACUCGCCCAAGGAUGUCCUGCGGAGAUAUACUACUCUUACGGGUCGGCCGGGCUUGGUUCCAUCUUGGAGCUACAAUCUCUGGCUGACGACCAGUUUCACGACCAACUACGACGAGCAAACAGUGACAGGAUUCCUGGAUGGAUUCCGGGACCGUGAUAUCCCACUGGGGGUCUUCCAUUUCGACUGCUUCUGGAUGAAGUCGUACCAAUGGUGCGACUUCCAAUUCGACGAGGAGAUGUUCCCCGACGCAGGAGGAUAUCUUAAGCGCCUAAAGGAGCGUGGUCUACGCAUCAGCGUCUGGAUAAACCCCUACGUCGGACAAGCAUCCCCUCUAUUCGAAGAAGGCAAGAAGAACGGAUACUUCAUCAAGCGCACCGAUGGCUCCGUCUGGCAAUGGGACUUCUGGCAAGCCGGCAUGGCCGUCGUCGACUUCACCAACCCCGCCGCCUGCACCUGGUACAGCAGCCACCUCGAACGCCUAAUGAGCAUGGGCGUGGACAGCUUCAAAACCGACUUCGCCGAACGCAUCCCCGUCAAGGGCAUCAAAUACCACAACAACGCCGAUCCAGAACGCAUGCACAACUACUACGCCCUCCUCUACAACCGCAUCGUCUACGAAACCCUCAGCAACCGCGUCGGUCCCAAUCAAGGCCUCCUCUUCGCUCGCAGCACCGCACCAGGCGGCCAAGCAUACCCCGUCCACUGGGGCGGUGACUGCGAGAGCACCUUUGAAGCGAUGGCCGAGUCAUUGCGCGGUGGCCUUAGUCUCAUGUUAUGCGGGUAUAUUUUCUGGGCGUCUGAUAUUGGCGGAUUCGAAGGAACACCACCACCAGCGCUGUACAAGCGAUGGGUGCAAUUCGGCCUGUUAUCAUCACACUCGCGACUGCACGGGUCCUCCUCGUUCCGCGUCCCGUGGAUCUACGGCGAAGAUUGCUCGGCCGUGUUGCGCGAUUGCGUGAAGCGCAAGAUCCUGCUUACGCCGUAUAUCCUUGCCGAAGCUUUGCGGGGCCAUCGUGAGGGAACUCCGCUCAUGAGAGCACUUUUCUUGGAGUUCCCUGCGGACUUGAAUACGUAUGCUAUUGAUACGCAGUAUAUGUUUGGGUCGAACUUGUUGGUUGCACCUGUGUUCUCUGAGGAUGGCGAGGUUACGUUCUACGUGCCGAAGACCGAGGAUGAGGGUGCUGGCAAGUGGGUGUCUUGGUUUGAUCAUUCCAAGUCGUAUGAGGGUGGACAGUGGUACACGGAGACUCAUGACUUUGAUACAUUGCCUAUCCUGAUCCGCCCGGGCUCGGUGACGGUGACAAAUCCUAAGAUCAAGGCGCCAGAGGAUGAUGCGCUGCAGGGGAUUCAGUUGUUGAUCAAUGGCACUUUGCCUGCUGGGACUGCUGUCGAGGUUGUGAAUCCGGGUCAGACUGAUCAGGUCCUGAAGACGCUGCGGUUGACUACUGCUGCUGAUGGCAAGAUUGUUGACGUGGAAGGUCAUGAAGUGGAGGUGGUUUAUAUUGGACAGUGA